AUGGGAGCCAACAUUUCCAAAACUACUGUAGUCGACAAUCGCGAACAGUUUGAUCGCGGAUCGUUCCAGCCGCAAGGACUCUACCCGGAUUCCCCAGCAGAUUACUGCGUCAAGGCGGUCAAAAAAUUUAUACGCGACGGCAAGUUGGCGCCAUUCUAUCGAGGUCUUGAGGAUCCACCGAGUUUCUCGAUCACUACGGACCAGGACAUAGCUUUGGCUGUAACCUGCUGUCCUAGAACCACAUACAUGCCACCAGCACAGCCACAGGAUCCAGGUAUGCAAGGGCUUGUUGGAAAACUAGCGGGUGCUCGCAAAACCAUAGCCGCACACCAGCGAAAGCAACACCAACCGACGGAUGAAGCACCUCCUGAUUCCAUGGCGUAUAGCCGAGUUACGGAAUGUCCCAUUUGUUUCUUGUAUUAUCCCAUAUGCAUCAACUACACACGCUGCUGCGACAAGCCGAUCUGCACUGAAUGUUUUUUGCAGAUAAAGCGUUCUGUGGACACUCCACUCGUGCCGGUACAAUGUCCAUACUGUGUGCAAACUAAUUUUGGGGUUGUCCAUGUACCACCGAAAUUCAGCCCGCAUUACAAGCAAUUUAGUAAACGAAGAACCGACUUGAUCCAAUACGCGUACGGUCCGGAUAACAAGAUCCGACCCCGACGACGAAACCGUCUUGGACCGAAUGAUCCAGAUGUUAUUCUAGCUGGUACUACGCGACGCAUUAUCGUGAGACCGAAUGGCGAACACGUGCCGGCUGGAAGAAGACGUACGGAGCACUACCAGUCUCCUGUCCUCAAUACCUUUUUUGAUACGCAGCAGCUAGAAGACCAAACAGCUAUCUAUGCUUUGAAUAGUCAUUCUACUCGUCAUAACCCUCCUCCAUCACCACCCAUUUCUCCUGUACUCUUACAUUUCACAUUCUAUGUCAUAUUAUUUGUUAUCCCACUUUAUGUGCAACCGAGAUAUACAGAUUGUAGCGUAAUGUUAUUCACAGUAUAUCAGCAAAAAAACAAAGAGGCACUGGUCAAGGCCGGACAGAAUAUGUGAUUCCAGUAUAUCAACAUAGUUUAGCUGUGUAUCAUAGGCAAAUAGCAGUGAAUAAUAUAUGUAGCUCUUCAUUUUAUCUUAACCUUCGUGUUUAUAAUUCAUGUCAACGUAGCAGCUUCUGGAACGGGGUGAUAAGGGCAUAAUCGGUGCAUCUAUUCUUCGCUGCUCAAGGCAUAUGCCAUUACUCUCUAGAAGAACGUAACAAAAGGAAGACACGUUUUUGCGGAGGAGGAGGAGAAUAUAUUUACCUAAUGAUAGACAAAUUUGACAGGCAGUCAAUGCCAAAACGACAUAAUACACACUUUCCGAAAAUAACCUUUUAGAUAUCUCGUUCCUUUGUCGUAUAUGCUAAGCGUUAUUAACAAUUUU